GGGAGAGAGAGAAGGGGGGGAGAGAUGGGUGUUUUUCCACGGAGCUGAAAUAGAGAGAGAGCCGCGGAGACAGGGUGAUGUGACGGUUCCAGGAGCCAACGUGGAAUGAUCCGGGAAAUAAGGUUUUCUAGACAUCCUUCCCUCUCUGCGCCUCGCCUCCAAGGUCAUCGAUGAGCAACUCAUUCAAUGUGGGGAGAGCGAAACACGCGGCAUAGAGCGCGGAGAGCCUCGGUGACACACCCUGGAAAUCACUCGGGGAAGAAGUGAGUGAUGAGAGAAAGACGAGAGAGAGUGUGUGAAAGACGAGAGAAAACGACGGGGCUGCAUGAGUGAGAGUAAAGAAGGAGAGAGGGCGCGAGAAGAGGAGGAGGAAGGUGGUGAGGAGAGGAGGUGAAGAUCGCACGCCCACUCCAGGAUGCCUUUUGUGUCGAGUGACAGCUCCUCAGAGAAAUGCAACUAUGAGGGAUAUCCAUGAAUAGGAUUUAAAGCCAAGUGGAUCUUCUUCCAGGAGUCUGGAUUUUGGAAUACCACAGCAGGAUUGAGCGAGUUAAUCUGGAUUUUCCAGGUUUUUCUUCACCUAUAGAAGCCCUAAGAGGAUAUUGUGGGAUUUCUGCAACCCUAGUGUAUUUUCUGACACUGACCCACAUCUCACUCCUUUGGAAGAGUGUGGAGGCAUGUGUGUGUGAAGGGGAGUAGGACAGGUUCAGCACAAUCACACAACCCUAUCCCCCCCAACCCCACACACACCUCAAUCCUCCUCCCACUGGCCUAUCACAAGGAGAAACACCUGGGGCGAGAUCUGUGCUAAACACAACACACACACCUGGAUAACAUGUGGAGCUGAUUUGGAUUAUAGAGCCGCACAGACGGAAAAGGUCUGUGGAUUGCCAGGCGUUCUACCAUGCCUGUCCCCCCACCCCUCAAUCCCCGCAGACAAAAACACCUGCCCCACACACACCUCCACCACCCGGAAAAAGGGGCAGAGCUCUCCCCUUCCCUCUUUCCUCCAUCCAUCCCCUCUCUUUCUCUUCUCCCCACUCUCCUCGUAUCAUCUGUGCCCUCCUCAUCCCAUCUCGUCCACUGCGCGUGCCCCAGGGCUACCAAAAGAACACUUCCCGAAUCGGCCCCUUUCCCGGCGUUCCACUGGCUGACUCUAGUCACAUGCUGCCUGCUGCCUUCGCUGAUUGGAGCAGGGGAAACGUGGGGCAUGGUCUCGACCUGUCCCUUCCACUGCGUGUGCCGAAACCUUUCCGAGUCGCUCAGCACGCUCUGUGCCGACAAGGGCCUGCUGUUUGUCCCGCCCAACGUUGACCGGCGCACCGUGGAGCUGCGACUGGCCGACAACUUCAUCACGGAAGUGGGCGGGAUUGACUUUGUCAACAUGAGCGGAUUGGUGGAUUUAACUCUGUCGAGGAAUACCAUCAACCUCAUCCGACCCAUGACCUUUGCUGACCUUGAGAGUCUGCGCUCGCUCCAUCUGGACGGUAAUCGCUUGAUAGCAAUCGGACCCAGGGACCUCGCAGGGUUGGUCAAUCUGCAGCACUUGAUCAUCAACAACAACCAGCUGAUCAAAGUCUCCGUCCAGGCCUUCGACGACUUCCUGCUCACCCUGGAAGACCUCGACAUGUCCUACAAUAACCUCAGGAGGGUGCCAUGGGAGUCCAUUCAGAACAUGGCCAGUCUGCACACUCUCAAUCUGGACCAUAACCUGAUAGACUUCAUAGCGGAGGGAGUCUUUGGAGAGCUGUACAAGCUUGCAAGGCUGGAUAUGACCUCCAACAGGCUCCGCACCCUGCCUCCUGAUCCCCUAUUCGCAAGGUCCCAGACAGGUGCAAUAAGUCCCACCCCCUACAAUAAUGUCAUUAGCUUAAAUUUCGGUGGAAACCCGCUGCACUGCAAUUGCGAGCUGCUGUGGUUACGGAGGCUAAUCCGUGGGGACGACAUGGAGACGUGUGCCACACCUGCUCACCUGGCUGGAAGAUAUUUCUGGUCGAUUCCUGAGGAGGAGUUUACUUGUGAACCACCGCUCAUCACCCGUCACACUCACAAGCUGUGGGUGCUAGAAGGCCAGCGGGCCACACUCAAAUGCCGUGCCAUUGGCGACCCUGAGCCAGUAAUCCACUGGGUUUCCCCAGACGACCGCAUCGUUGCCAACUCAUCCCGGACCAGCUCCUUCAGCAAUGGGACCUUGGAUAUCUUAGUAACAGUUGCCAGGGAUGACGGGGCGUACACGUGUAUUGCAAUAAAUGCAGCGGGUGAAGCGACUGCUACUGUGGACCUGAAAAUAAUCCCCCUGCCUCACCGGGGAGGAGCAGGUGGAAACACAGGGAAUAACAACGUGAACACCAAAAACAACGGGAACGUGACCAGUGGGAUUUUACGGACCGAUCCGGGCUCUUCUGAUAUCAGCACGGGGAAAAACGGAGGGAUUAACAAUGGAGCAGGACGAGGAGGGGAAGCAGAGGAUGGGAGGAAAGGUGGAGGUGAGGACGAUGAGGGUGAAAGUAGCAAGGGCUCUGAAGGGGAGCAGGCCGAAGGAGGGAGCAUGGAGGAGGACGAGGACGAGGAGGAGGAAGAAAGGAGAGUUGGAGUACAAGGAGUUACGUCAACCUCAGCGCAGGUCCGAUGGGAUUUGGGAAGUUUGUCUGCAGUUUACGCUGUGUGGAUGUAUCAGAUACAGUACAACUGCACCGCCGACGAGACCCUCAUCUACAGAAUCCUACCAUCCACCAGCGAUCGCUUCCUGUUGAAGAACUUGGUUUCCGGAGCGGACUAUAACCUGUGUGUGCUGGCCAUAUUUGAUGACACAAUCACAUCGCUAGCGGCGACGAAAGUCCUGGGCUGCGCCACGUUCUCCACUAAGGAUGUGUACCCAGCAUGCCGCUCCCUACAUGCCCAUUUCCUGGGCGGUACGCUCACCAUCUUGGUUGGCGGUGUGGUUGUCGUCACCCUGCUUGUGUUUACCGUGGCGCUCAUGGUUCGCCACCGCGUUUGCAAUCAUGGCGACCACAUGAUGUGUCACAGCGGCAACACAGAGGCAGGAGGCGGGGCCUGCUGUCAGGGUGGAGGCGGAGGGGGCGUGGACAAAGGGGGAAACAGUGGUGGGUGCUACCAAUCAAAUGGAUCGGGGGACGUGAUGAUGGUGGUCCUGCCCAAUGGACUGCCGUCCAAAAGAGGAGGGGAGAAGGACAAGGACAAGGAGAAAGAGAAGGAAGAGGCUGAUUCUGCUUCCUCUCUGGUGCCAAAACCCCCUCCAAAGCCCAGGCCAAAGCCGAAAGUCAACCUGGAGCAGUUUCUUUCUGCUGGGGGGGUAGUUUCCACAACGACAGGGGCAGGUGAGAUGGCAUUGGUGGUCAGGCAAAGAAAGCUGGACAAGGCGCCACCAUACACGCCUGAAAGUGACAGAACUCCCCUCUACUAUUCCCCUUCCUCCACCCUGCCCCGACAGUCCCACUCAAGGGACCGCGCAAGGCCCCGUUUGGAUCGAGAACUCACCACUCGGGCCAGUUUCGCUCUGGCGGGCCCCCUUGGAGAAUCAGAUCUGUUGGACUGGAGAAUCAGUCCCCGCCGGGACAAAUGGAACUCCUCGCAGGCUUACCAGAGCCCUCUGUCCCCGCUAAGCCCCGUCUGCGGGACCGUUAGCAAACGGCGGCACUCACUGGACAUGGGCUCCUCUGUUGCCCUAGCAACUGCUGAUGCAGCCGCAACUGUUGCCAAGCGCUACGGUGCUGUUAAUUAUGCCAAGCGUCUGAGCGUGAUCUGGACGCGGCGGAGCCAGUCUCUCCACGGGAUGCUUGUGCAGUGCGCCUCCACGACAAGCACGACUUCCUCAGCGACCAGCGACGAGGAAAGCGCCAUGGGCUACGGGGCGCACUGCGAAUUCCAACGGGGAUACAUCCACGCUUACAACACAACAAACUCCAACUCUAACGCUGGGAUCACCGCCGGGAAAGCGAGCAAGGACAGGGGGAGGCUAACGGGGAAGGAGGGAAGGAGUGCUGAAGAACUUGAGGAAAGUGUUGUGUAGGGCGUUUGGGAAUGUAAUGAAAAAAGCUAGGAGGAAUAAAGCGUCGGUGAGAGAGUUUGAUUUAAAGAGGGCAAAGAGGUGGAGUCAUGGGAGAUUGAGGGAGCAGCACAGGAGAGACGAGUGUUGCAAGGUUAUGAGUUUAGAGAAGAGUACAAUUCUGAGUAUUAUUUGGGAAGCUCCUUGAGGAGAAGUAUUAAAGGUGAAGAUUUGAGGCUCUUUACAGCAGACCGUAAGCGUAGGAGGUGGAAAAAUAUGUUUGGGGAGACAUAUGACAUGAAAAGAGGGAAAGUAGAAGAAAGUGCUUUGCCAUGGCCUUUAAAAAUGUAACAAUACAAAAUAGAAAAGAAAGGAGGAACACAAAAACAAAAGAUAGUGACAGAUGUAAGAACAGAGUGUAGUCACAGAGACAUAAUCCUUCAGGGGAACACAUCAAUAGAGCCACAGAACAAAGGUUAUACAGCAGAGACAGAGAUGGCGUGAGGAUCUCAGUAAAGCCUGUACACUGAUAGAAGCUGACUCCUGCUAACACUUCACCUCUCCAGGGCCUCUGCCCCCCCCGCCCAACACACCAGGGUUUACACCGGAUGAACAACACCGGUAGUGCCCCUCUCUGACAAAUAACAACGGUAAAAAAGAUUUGGAUGACACGGUCCUGCUUUGUUAUCCUGUUUUUGACUCGAAUGCUGACGGCCAUUUUGAAAACUCUUUUUCCAAAACACAAUGAAUGUGACUUUUAUGUGUCCUCUGUGGCCGGACAAUGAUUUUGGCUGGCCGUGCCUGCGGAUUAUGGGAGCAUAAAUACAGAGCCGGGCGCAUUGGACAUGAUCAAUCGAUACUGGCUGGAAAGAGCGAGUGCAGCACAGACAUUAUUAAAAGAAAGACAUUGGGAUUACAAUGGAGUCGAUAUGGAUUACAAAAUGGAGCAGACGGGGGGGCAUGAUGGAACGUGCGCGCGUUUCUGAAAAACCAGAUCAUAUUGUCGGAUGAUAAUGGACCAAAACCUAUGAACAAUGCCAAUGGAUGCAUAAAUGUGCAUGCAUUGCUGGAUCAGGGAAAGGAUGUGUGUGUGCGUGUGUGCGUGUGUGUGUGUGUGUGUGUUAGUGAGUGCACAUUAUAUGAAUGUUUGUGAGGGGCAAUACAUUCGGCCAAACUUCAUUCGUGUUUCUUAAGGUUUAGCGCUUUCUGCACAUGUCGUGAACGGAAUACAUUUUAACUUUAGCUGUGGUCCGCCCAAAGUGAAGUAAGAGUGAAAUGUUUAAAAAUCAUUCUCACCCAAACCAGAAUAAAUCACUAUUUCCAGCAAUGUAGCAUGGUCAGAAACGCUAAGGGGGAUUUCAAAUUCAUUUUGUGCGACUUCAGACUCCUUUGUGCCACAUGGAUUAAAUUUAAAUCCAUAAAGUGAAUGUUUUCAGGAAGAAGCAGAUAAAAAAAUACAUGACAGAAUGGAAGCCAACGACGAUAUAAACUCUUCUUCAAGACUUUGUAAAACUUAUACGGGACGACUGAUCCGACGGCAGAGACCACAGAGACUCUUAAAACAUCUAUCAGAGAGUACAUAUAUAUAGUAUAUAUAUAAAAUGAUGUUACUUGUCGCACCAUGUGUUUCUGUUUUUCAAAGUUUUCUGGGGAAUGAUGUUAGGAUCAAAUAUAAAAUGUGUUUUUGGGUUUUAGACAAAAAGUCUCCAUCACUAGGACAAAAAAAUGUUCAACAUAACUAGGCAGAGAAAUACCAAAACAAAUAUUGAAGAAGCACAAGAUACACAAGCUAGCAAUUACACACAACACACACCAAAAGAUAAACACACACAAACAGAUGCCUAUAAAAACAGAGCCAACUGCAUUAACAAGAAUAAUGACUUUUAACCAUUACUGUUGUUUCCUUUCUGUUUUUAUUUCAUUUUGCCAAAGUCUAUAUUGU